ACAGGAUUUAAUCUUCCUCCCGAUUUAACGUGCAGUACCUUUUGACAACAAAUUGUUAACAAACAUUUCAAUACAGCAUUUCACGGUUCUCUUAGUAUUUUGUGUACAAUUCAGGCGAUGCUUGUAUGCUUUCUUGCUCCGCCCGCUUCAGAAAGUUACUUUUUGUGACUUUAUUUGGGUCAAAAUGUAGUUGGUGAAGCUAGUUCCGCCUUGCUUUCACCCUGUUAUGGACAGCAACGACAAGUGUCAAAAGUAGCUAAUCAGGGUCGAGAUACAACGAGAUACAGGAAAACCACGUCUACUGCCUUUUGGAUACACUUUCAACACGAAUUAGCCGGCUCCAAUAAAAGAUAGUGGAUUGUUGCAUCUGACAGGGAUUACAUUUAGCUUAUCCAGCCGAUGAGGUGUUGAUAAAUUUGAUCUUAAUCUAGUUAACAUAAAGGUGGCGUCAUCAUUUUGCUGCUUAGUUUUCCUGCUGGAACCAGAAGUCACAGCCCAUCAGCAAGGAGAGCGUUUCUGGGGAAGAGUUUAUCGAUGACCAAUGAUCUUCAGUAGAACAGCUGCUAACUGCUGAGGUUUGGACACUGUGAUGGAAAAUCCUGACGAUGAGGUGGACCUGCAACACAGCACAACAGGUGGUGAAGAAGGGAACUCUGGUGGGGAACCAGCUCCAACCAAGGGCAAAGGCAAGUUCUCCAAAAUGGGAAAUAUCUUCAAGCCCUGGAAAUGGAGAAAGAAGAAGCCAAGUGAAAAGUUCACUGAAACAUCGAUAGUCUUGGAAAGAAGGAUUUCUGUCAGAAAAAGUCGCCAAGAGCUGAUUGCCAGAGGGGUUUUAAAGGAUUUACCAGAGAAUGAGAGCAAUGAUGUUAACCACUCCAAAGCUCCACCAGUAAAAAAUGGGCACCCUGUGCCAAUGGACGUGGACAGGAGAGGGUCUGAACCAGGGGUGCGAGUGUCUCGAGGGGAAUCCGAAAUCAAGGUGAAUACCCUCAGGCUACCCCAAGUAGAUGAACGUCGAAGCAGAGCGCCGUCCGAUGCCUCCCGAAGUAACCGGGCACCUCUGGAUGUGGACAAUCACGCACGGCUUUCUGUGGACGUAGACAGACGAAGCCGUCUGCCAUCAGAUGUUGAUAAGAAAGCAGGAUCGUUACCCCGAGGACCUCCGCAGGAUGAUAGAUACCGCAGAGAGGAGAGGAGAGAUGGCAAAGAUGAGGACAGAGGAAGGAAGAACAGGGAAGACAUAGAAAGAAGGGACUGGCGAGAGGAAAAGGAAAAAGAGGGGGGAGUCGACCGGAGAGAAAGGCGAGAUGACAGAGAGAAGAGAGAUGAAAGAACCGAGAGAGACAAUAGGGAAAGAAGAGAUCGCGAGGAGCGGGAAAGGAAGGAUCGGGAUGAGAGGGAGCGCAGAGAUCGUGACGCAAAAGAACGCAGAGACCGCGACGAGAAAGAACGCAGAGAUCGUGACGAGAGAGAACGCAAAGAUCGCGACGAGAGGGAAAGUAGAGACAGGGAUGAGAAGGAACGCAGGGAACGUGAUGAUAAGGAAAAGAGGGACGACAGGGACAAAGAUAGGGAUCGGCGGCUUGAGAGGGAAAAGAGAGAAAACAGAGAUGACAGAAAGGAUGAAGACAGGGAGAGGAAAAACUUGCGAGGGGAAAAAGACGAUAGGGAUAGGAGAGAUGAUCGAGACAGGCGAGAAGACAGAGAGAGGAGAGAGGAAAGGGACAAGAGGAACGACAGAGAGCGACGAGAUGAUCGGGAAAAGAGGGAGGAAAAGGACAGGAGAGAAAAGCCAGAGCCUCAGCGGUCUGUGGCUGACCCGCGGCCUAUCGCCAGGCCCGUCUCGGAGAUGGACUUGCGGCCUUCUCUACAGAAGAGCUCCUCAGAGGACAACAAGAGGGUUCGUCCAGCCUCAGAGGCUGACAAGAGAACUACCCUGCCCAGAUACAACCCAGCUGCAGAGUUCAGAGAACGCGCAGAGUCCGCUGGUGUCCGCUUCGCCCCUGAUCCUCGUCCACCACAAGAGUCUCAUCAGGAACCUCCCCCGCCCAAACAUGCUCUGCUUCCCCCCAAAUCUCUCACUGCACCCUCUGCUGAGUCCAGCAAGACUCAACCCCCCUCCUUUUCUUCAUCCUCCUCUUCCUCCUCCUCCUCCUCCUCCUCCACUGCUGCUGUAGCUGUGGCCAAGCCGCCGAGGACAGUCUCCCUAAUAUCUGACGACCCACCGCGACUCUCCCCCGCUGCUCCUUCCUCCGCCGACUCUGACGCGCCACCCCCUGUCCCUCCACACGCCAAGCAGCCUCCUGUCCCUCCACCCAAACCCACCAACCGCAACAGCAACCCAGCACUGCUCGCUUCCUCAUUGAACAGGGGCUCUAAGGUCAGGCAGCCCUGUUACUGGACCAGCUGGAGACGCCAGAGUGAGCUCGGCCUGUACCUUUCUCUACCUGUAUACCUGCGGCACAGAGCGGUCCAGACCUGCUCAGCUGAGCUUUCACAGCCUGUCAGCGGUGUCGUCAUAGUGCCACCACCCGCUAAGCGCUCGCCACCGACACCGCCAAAGAGGAUGACCCCUGUCGCCAAGCGCCAUUCUGUGGACCCCUCUCCUCCCAGUCAGGACCCAGAGCCUCCCACCACUGUCCCAGCUUCUGCCCCUGUACCGAUGCCCCCUGCUGUCCUUAAAGGAGAUAACAUUGAGGACAAGACCAAUGCAGCAGCUCCUCAGACCUCCGCUGAGUCUCUGCCUUCACCACCGUCCCACAUACCUCCGUCUCCUCCAAGGGUCCAGUCACUCCAGCCAAUCAGCACCACCACCUCCGCCCCUGCGCCCACUGUGCAGACGGAUCCCCCCAGCCCAACCACCGAGCCUCCCAGCCAGCAUCCAUCCAUCCCCUUACACAUCCUCAUCCAGAGAGCCCUGGCCAGCCCCGGCCCAGCUCAGCCCAACCCCGACGGCUCCCAGAGGGCCCACUCACUCCUGUUUGAGUCUCCUCCAGAAUUCCUCACUGAGCUGGGGGGUAACUCGCGACACUCUCUCCCUAUCUCCAUCGAACCUCUCAGGCUGCCAGAAGACGACGACUUUGACCUGGAGGAGGAGAUGCGGAAGCUUCAUCCUCAGAGGCCUCCUCGCCAGCCAGAGCUGGAGCCCCGCAGCAGGAGGGGUUUGGUUGGAGACCUCAGGGUGAGUGUCAUCCCUGAGGGUGAAGGUCCCGGAGACAGCGAGGAGGAGUCCGACUCUGACGGCCCCAUUCUGUACAGAGACGACGAUGAGGACGACGACGAUGAGGAAGGGCCGCCAAGUGGGCUGGCGAGUCGUGUGAAGAGGAAGGACACGUUGGCCCUGAAGCUGGAGAGACAGGAGAGAGAGGAAAGGGAGAACCAGGAGAACCAGGACAACAUGAGUUGGCAAAACAGAGAGCAGUGGAUGGCAGUGAAGAACAAGAUCAGCACCGCACUGACACGGCGGCUGAGUCAGAGACCAUCAGCAGAGGAGUUGGCGCAGAGAAACAUCCUUCAAGCCAAGAAUGAAGAUGAUCGGCGAUUAGAGAGAAGCGAGAUCAAACGGAGGCUCACGAGAAAGCUGUCCCAGAGACCCACAGUGGCUGAACUCCAGGCCAGGAAGAUCCUGCGUUUCCACGAGUACGUCGAGAGCACCCACGCCCACGACUACGACCGGCGAGCAGAUAAACCGUGGACUAAGCUCACUCCUGCUGACAAGGCUGCCAUCCGCAAGGAGCUCAAUGAAUUCAAGAGCUCGGAGAUGGAGGUUCACGAAGAAAGCAGGAUCUAUACCCGGUUCCAUCGGCCUUAGCUGUCCAUGCUGACCAGUACAGCACUUAGACCGGGGGAAGUGAGGAGUUACAAGUCCCUCUCCUCACUUCGAACCUAACAUGUGGUCCAUUUGUUCCAUUUUUACUGACUGCCUGCUUCAGCUGAUAACUGGAACCAAAGCAAAAGAAGCCACAAAUCAGUUCAACCCACGGGUGGUUCACAGACAUACUCCAGGUCUUCGACUGUGCAAUUCAGGACAGGAGGAGUCUGUCAGUGCGUCCGUGAUGGAGGUACCUGGUGCCAACACUGAUCCCCCUCCUCUCUGCUGGGGGCUCAGACAGUUACAUUGCACAGAAAGGAUAACUGUUGGAGGGUUAUAACACUGUGGGGAAACCACUCUCCCCAUGCCUUUACCUGCCUUCAUAUUCCAUUUUCUUCCUUCCUUGCAGAACAGGAAGACUAUGCACAUAAAGCGAUCAUCGUAGUUCCUAUAAACACCGUCGAUGGUACCCCCAAACUGAUCGCUACUCUGUUUAAACUCUUAUAUACAGUAUGUACAUGUUAGGUACUGCACAUGUCUACCCAGAGGUGCCCUGCAGCACCAGCCUUACUCCUCACAUGGUCUCACACGUUCAAGUCAUUUAAGGUACAGACAAAAUGUGAAAGACUUGGGACAGCAGUGUGUUUCCUAUAUAAAUCUCAGUUUGUGCUCUGUUUGAAUCAACAGUUUGAUCUUUAUGUGUAGACCCUCAGAGUGCUGAUUCCAACCUAAUAUUCUGGAAGUGUGCAUUUUACUGUAUUUCUUUGAUCAUUUAAAUGAUUCUCAUGGAGCACAUGUCACUAGAUUAUUUUCUAAUAAGGCACUUUAUGUUCCUUAAUUGGGUGUGUAGAACAUUUAAACGUUUGGAGCCUAUAAUUUUGUUUAUAAUUGAAUUAUUCCAGCUGGAAAAUGUACAUAUUUUUAUUUUCCUGGCUGUUUUAUGGUACUUAAUAUAUGCAAGUCCAUAGUUGGCUGCAAUUGUAUAGAUCAAUUAUAUAGAUGUGAUUGACUUUAUAAUGUACAUCCACCGUAAUGCUGACAUGUUUUAAUUGUAAAGUAUUUCUCAAAUGUUAUUUUCAAGUAGUAAUGGUACUUUUUUUUGAUACAGAGAUCUUUAAAUUUUUUUUUUUUUGCAAAGCACACUGUAUAAAUGAACAAUCCACUCAGAAAUUAAAAUAACCUGUGAUUUUCAUUUCAA